AAUAUAAUAUCAAACACUAACAAGCAUGGCACACCUUGAAACUAUUGCUUCCACUAUGGCACUGGUAUUAAUCCUUACAUUCACUUCCACAACUUCAACUCGAAUCCUCGGUGAACUAGAAACACCAGAAGAACCGAUUACAGAUUCAGCAGCAGUGUCCCCUGUUUCAUCCACCAUUCUCCCUCCACUUCCAUCAACAGCCACAACAACUGGUACUAAUAUUCCCGAUCAGCACCACACACUAUCAUUUUUCAUGCACGAUAUUCUCGGUGGCUCCAAUCCAACGGCAAGAGCAGUGACCGGAGUCGUUACAAACCCUGCCCUUAAUGCUCAAGUUGCGUUUGCAAAGCCAAACGGUGCAAACCUUCCUCUAAACAGCGGAGUUCCACAGAACAAUAACAACAACGGAAUUCUAAACAACAACAACCUACCUUUCCUAACAGGACUCGGCGGAAACACGGGGAACGUCUUCAAUAACAAUAAUAACAAUGGAAACAACAAUUUUCCAGUGACAAAUAUGAAUCAGAUACCGCAGGGAAUGACGGUGCAGGAGCUGAUGUUUGGUACAAUGACAGUGUUUGAUGAUGAAUUAACAGAAGGUGAAGAGUUGGGAUCAGGAUUAGUAGGGAAAGCACAAGGGUUUUAUAUAGCAAGUUCAGUGGAAGGUACAAGCCAAGUAAUGGCAUUCACUGCAAAGUUUGAAGAAAAUGGUUAUGAAGAUAGUCUUAGCUUCUUUGGGGUACACAGAACAACACAAGUUUCACAAUCACAGCUUGCAAUCAUUGGAGGAACAGGAAAGUAUGUGAAUGCUAAUGGAAUUGCUAUUAUUAAGACAUUUCCGGUUAACGGUCAGCAACAUAACACUGAUGGACUUGAAACUCUCUUGCACCUUACUGCAUAUCUUUCCUAUUAGUAGCACUUUCUUUUGAUUUAUAUGUGUUAUCAAUGAAUUUCCAGUUUUCUGCUUACAAAACUAUUCCAAAUUAUUUGUGUUUCGUGUAAUGAAUCUUAAUUAGUGAUUGGAUUGUACUUUUGAAAAAACAAAUUAAUACAAAUGUUAUGCUUGAGUUUGACAGAGCC